CCUCUUCACUUGCACCCUAAACCAAAACCCUCUCUUAAAUCAAGAAACCAAAACGUCUCUUCAAUCGAAACACAGGCACAGAGAGAGCCAUGAAAGCCGGCAGGAAGAGGAAGGACCCGCCUCUAGGGAACCACCCCAACGGUGGAGAGGACGCCCUCGUCCCCACCGCCGACCCUGCCGACCCCGCACACGCUGCCGGCGAUGCCGCUGGUGGGGAAGUCGAGGAUGACGUGCCGAAGCUCGAAGAUGGCUUCUAUGAGAUCGAAGACAUACGCAAGAAGAGGAUCCGCAAGGGAAAGCUCCAGUACCUCAUCAAAUGGCGUGGAUGGCCGGAGACGGCCAACACUUGGGAGCCAUUGGAGAACCUCGGGUCUUGCUCUGAUUUCAUCGAUGCGUUUGAGGAGAGGUUGCUAUCACCCAAGAAACGCAAGCGGAAGUCUGGUGGUCUGCAGUCGAUUGGGAAGAAAAAGCGCACUCCUUUAUACAUUGGUGAUGGACAUGACAAUGCUGAUGCUGCAACUGACCUAAUUGAGCCCAUGGAUGUUGGUGGUAACAUGGUACUUGAUGCACAGGGCCGCAAAGAGGGAGAUGAGGCAGCAGAGCUGGCUAAUGAACAGGAGAGGGAUUUUGGACCUGCUGGGCAUGGUGAUGUUGCAGUGGAACAUGAGAUGAUUGAGAAGGAGAUGGGUGGUGAGAAUGGUUUUGGAGGGGGAUUUGUUGAUGGAACAGAACCAAACAGUGCGGAAGACACUGGGUGCGAUACUUCUAACCAUUUGGCUGGUUCACGGGACCAUGAUUGCUCUGUGGAUGUCUUGCCCAAAGACGUUUCCAGUCAGCAGCCUGUCAAGGGACUAGCACCUCGCUUCACUGGUGCGAAGAGGAGGAAAUCUGGCUCUGUGAAAAGGUUUAAGGCAGACUCUUUGCCAUCUGAUCAGGAUAGGAUUCAGUUAACUGCUUUGAGAAAUGUGGAUGGAUUACUUGGGAAAGGUGAUGCACUUGCAAAUGAAACCUCUGGACCUAAUAGAGUUGUGGCUGUGGAAAAGAAUAAGGCUGAUGCUAAUCCAUCUCGUAUUAUCAAGAUACUCAAGGCAAUCAGCUUUUACACUUCUGUAACUAAGGAUAUGCCUGAAGUCCUCGUAAAGUUUAUGGCUCUUAGGGCUGAUGGGAAAGAAAUGAUUGUAGAUAACAAUUAUUUAAAGGAUAACAACCCAAAGCUGUUAAUUGAUUAUUAUGAAGAGCGUUUGCGGCCUGACAACUUGCGAGAAAACUGUUAAAAAAAAGGUCUUCAGUGUUGACAUGUCGAUAUAUUUUUAGUGUGGCCAUUAUUCUGAAUCAUGGCUGUGUUUUGUAAGUGGGAAAGAUAGGAUGAUUACUGAUGGAAAUUCCAUGCCAUAGAACAACAUUACCGGAAUGCCUU